CAGUUUUCCAACUUUUUUAACCCCUUCUCAAACGCCCUCCACCCUCCUUAAGCAUACUCAUAUGACUGGUCAUCUAGCCCUUCGCAUAGUGUGCUAGCUAAGUCUUUAGACAGCUAGAUAUUUUGUCCUUUGGGUUAUUAGGGGCGGUACUUUCCCGGCUUCAAUGGUCGCACUACUACAUAGUACACUCAGGUGCCUCGUAUCAAGUAUAACGUACAUCUUAUCCAUGGUAUUCCAAGUACCUAUUGGUCUCAGCCCUGUAACCAUACCAGCGACAUACUGCUACUAAGGUAGUGUAGAGCAGCCACACAUGGAGUUAGCAAGUCAACCAAAGCAGGUUUACAAAGUUCGCUCGAAUCCUUGUCAGCCUCCAUGCAAGCCAGGCACGUAACAUGGGUUUACGGGAUUAAGAUUUGAUAGGGCUCCCCCUCCCCGGCUCGUAAGAUUUAGCUAUGAUACCCUCCCCCCUGCUACCUAUGACGUAUAUGAGACUGAAGAGGAUGUCUGGGAGAGCUUGUAUUGCUAACUCCUAGGCUGUCCGGACAUCCCAUGUCGUACCUUUCUCACUUUAGAGUUUCACGCUAUCACUCUUUCACUGAUUAUCCUCCAUAUCCAUGACACGGUGUAUGUCAUUGGUAAUCUGUGAGUAAAUGCCCCUCUUACCACCGCGGUUCGGGUUCGACCUCUUUUGUGAUAUCAUCCUAGUGCUAUACCUUGCCAUAUUCAUCUUCCUCAACGCCAAUCACAUUCGAAAUUUUGUCUUGGCCAUGGCCGAAAUGAUGAGUCCACAGACACCACCAAGGAAGCUCUUCAAGCCGUCCAGUAAAACAAAAACACCGACUUCUGCGAAGAAGCAGAGACCAACUACUCCCGCCCAUUCAAGUGUUCAAUCACAUGAAGUUCUGACUCCCACAGACACAGUUAGUCGAAGCACGGAUACGUUUGGCGGCGCGCCAGGAGCUACGACGGACGCUGGUGAUCAUUCGUCAGGGGAAAAGGACGCUCCGGAUCAAGCGAACAGCCUAGUUAAGAGUGUCAGUGGAAAAGCCGGAGAAGCUCACCGUUCUCCGAGUAUCGAUCACCCCGAACAAUCGAACCCAACAGAUACCUUGAAUUCGCCGACGGACAUUGCUAGAUAUUUUGCCGAACAGGGAAACUCGGAAAUGAGUACUUUCGUAUCGGUUCUGGCUGGUAAGAAUUCACAUAGCCAUACAGAUGUAGCUCGCGACGGAGCUGGGAUGCCGAGAGCCGACACAUAUACGAAAGAUCACAGGGACGACUUAGUAAAUUCGGUGCCCGAGCCCAUCAACGAAUUACCUCGAGAUGACGCUUCAAUGGUUUCACCGAAUAAGACAUCCGACGAUACGAGGUUAGCUGGGGGUAAAAGCAAAGAUGAAAAUAUACUUGACAAACAUGCGCCGAGUGCAGCAGAGACCGCAACAGAGACCAGCAAGUCAGGUCAGGAAAAUAAUAAUAUCGAGACAAAGCCAGGUCACUAUGAACCUAGCGACGUCUCUAAGGAGCCUGAAGGAGCUACAGUUGGUUCCGAAGAGGAGGUUCCUGACACAGCAGCGAUUAAUGCCAUCGGCGAACCUAACACGCACAUUCAUUCAAAGGAGGCUCAUGUUGCGGUAUCUAGCGCAAAACCCAAGUCGGAUAUUUCAGCUCAGGGUACUACGAACAACAUUCAACAAAAUCCAGCUCCCAGCACUUCAGAAGAUUUAGACAAUGAUACGCGGGUCGCCGAUAAUAUGGGCCAACCAGCGCACAUUGAACGAAGAGUUGAGAUCCCGCUUCCUCGCCUCGAAAAGAUUAUUACCAGCCCUCCAGAGCAGACAAAACCAGAAAUAAAUAACAUGACAUCUGGUUUGGGUGAUCCUGGUGAGCUGCCAGACGCCCAAGAUUUACCAAGUACAGACGAUCUACAAGACCCCCCAGAAGAAAUCCUAGACCCGUCUGUGCAUUCGCCGUCCUCUAAUAUUACCCCCAUUCCAAAAAUCCCCAAAGUCACGCCUAUUGGCAUGGAGCCACCCCCUGAUUUACUUCAUCUUGCGCAUGGCCUUGGUGGUGGUGUUGUCGAUGAUGUUGGUAAUAUCGUUGACGCGUCCGGAACAGUACUCGGCCAUGCGACGGGCGAUCUCCCUGCAAUGGUGGGUCAAAAGGUUGCAGACAACGGUGAAAUUUACGGGGAAAGCGGAGAGGUCAUUGGAUACGUGGCGGAGAACUUCACCGACCCACAACCGCCCGUUGAUAUCCCUGAAAAUGUGCUAGGGGGGUUAAAAGUAGAUCAUAACGGCAACAUACUAGAUACGAACGGCAACAUCAUUGGUCGCUUCAACGAGAAGGCCGCCGAAAACGGCAAUUUAGCACCUUUUAUGAGACGAUCUAAGUCAGGCGAAUCCCAGACUAAUAAUGAAAAACCCGAUGAAAAGAAGCCGAAAAUCAAUGCCCACACUGGAGGGAGCCCCUCGGAUAUCUUUCUGGAUGUGAAGUCUACGACUGACGGUAUUCAACUAACCAUUCGGAUCCCUACAACAUUCGGAAGGCAGCCACAAGAUUUAUAAGUACCUAACCUAGCAUGUGUAUCUCAUGAUUUAGAAUUAUACGUUUCUUAAUCACAACGGUGUAUGAGAUAAGAUCUUACAACAUAGGAGGAUAAUUGUUGAUUAAUGAACUUUCAUCUUCGGCUCUGUUUGUCUUCCGCGGAAAUCCAGUACUCUGAAUGGAAAUAUUUCCUUCGCAUCAUAGAAGCUUUCAAUAUGGGCAAUGUACUUAGUACUUAAAACAUGGGUAUAUCUAACCUUGAGCACAAUAGCUAGCAAACCGGCAAGCCGGAAAGCCACUGUCUUCAUUAAGCAUAUGAUGAGGUUUUGUCAAUGUAACCCUUAGUCAACUUAGCAGAACGAAUACCUACGCCACUGGAUUAUGCGC